UCCUUUGUUUUACAUUUUGUAUCACUAUAAAAAUACGAGCAAUUUCUUAAUUGAAAAAAAGAAACAAAACAUUUGAGAAAAUAAAUGGAAAAACAUAAUUAAUUUUAAAAGUUUUAAUCUCAUCUUAUUCAGUCUUAAUAUUUUGUAAAUAAAAGUGGACCCAUCAUAAAACCAAUUUCGGGCUUUCUAGAAAUAUUUUUAUAAAAAUUGUCAAAUAUUGGAAAUACGAUUUAACGAUAUGAUGGUGGAAUCCGAUGGUAAUACUGAUGCCACUCGCAGACUAAAUGUGAAAAAGCAAACGUUGGAUGAUGCUUAUGCGGUGCCUGCCAAUUUUUUGGAAAUAGAUGUUGUAAAUCCUCAAACUACCAUGACAGCAGGAAAGAAACGAUACACCGAUUAUGAAGUGAAAAUGAGAACAAACCUUCCUGUAUUUAAAGUUAAGGAUUCCAGUGUUCGCCGUCGAUAUAGUGAUUUUGAAUGGUUAAGAAACGAGUUGGAACGUGAUAGCAAAAUUGUCGUACCUCCAUUGCCCGGCAAAGCUUGGAAGAGACAAAUGCCGUUUAGAAAUGACGAAGGCAUUUUCGAUGAAAAUUUCAUCGAAGAACGACGCAAAGGUUUGGAGGCUUUUAUCAACAAAAUUGCCGGUCAUCCUUUGGCUCAGAAUGAAAGGUGUCUACACAUGUUUUUACAAGAGAGUGUCAUUGAUAAAAAUUAUGUUCCCGGAAAAAUACGUAAUACUUAAGAAACUAUGCAAGGAAUAUACACAUAUAAUUACAUAUGUAUAUUAAAGAUUUUUACAGAGAGUGUAAAGAUUUAAGAACUAGUAACUGCAAUCUACAAUGUAUUCAUUGAUAAAAUAGUGGAUGCGAACAAUGUUUGAAUAAGAAUAUUUUUUCUCUUAAUUUAGGAUAUGCUACAUAUACUACAUUUUAUAUAUUUUCGAAUUCCAAUGUUAAAUAAUCUAAUUGUAUUUGUCUUAAUAUUAAAUAUACAUAAUAAUAACAAUAA